AUGAUAGGCAAAAAUAGCCAAAUGGGACGUGACCUACCACAAGAAGGACCACAGACAAACUAUCUUCUUUUUACUUUAUUCUAUAAUAAAUAUUUUUACAACUGGAGUCGUGUGAAGCUUCGAUACUGCGAUGGAGGAUCUUUUGCUGGGGAUAAUAAGUUUGACAAUGGGACAUUAGUUCUGUUUUUCCGAGGGCAGCGGAUUUGGAAAGCAAUUAUUGAAGAUCUUCUGCCAAAAGGCAUGAGGUUUGCUAACAAGGCUUUGCUUUCUGGGUGUUCAGCUGGUGGUUUAGCAUCCUACUUACAUUGCAAUAACUUCACCAGUUAUCUACCAAAUACCACCACUGUCAAAUGUCUGGGUGAUGCUGGAUUUUUCAUGGAUUCACCAGAUAUCACCAUGAACCACACCCAAAGAACUUUCUUUCAGCAUCUUGUCACUCUACAGGGAAUAGAACAGAACCUGGAUGAGAACUGCACGACUUCUAUCACUGAUCCCAAACAAUGCAUCUUCCCUCAGUAUCUGUUGAAGUACAUAACGCCUCCAGUUUUCAUCUUAAACUCCGCCUACGAUGUAUACCAAUUUCACCACAUAUUAGUUCCACCAUCUGCUGAUCCCCGUGGACACUGGAAUCAUUGCAAACUGAAUCCAAAAGAAUGCCUUCCUAACCAAAUAAGCGUUCUGCAAGCUUUCAGGGUUGAGAUGCUUACAGCUCUAAGGUCAUUCGUGUUCUAUUCAAGAAGAGGAGGGGGGACGUUUAUAAAUUCAUGUUUCGCUCACUGCCAAAGUGAAUCACAAGACACAUGGUUUGCACCCGACUCCCCACAAUUGCAUAAUCAGACAAUUGCAGAAUCAGUUGGUGAUUGGUACUUCGGAAGAAAUGUUUCUAUAAAAGUUGAUUGCCCAUAUCCCUGCGAUACCACCUGUCACAAUCUCAUUGGUGCUAACGAAUACCAAUACGAUCAUGUUUAGUAUAGUAGUAUACUCGAAUCCAAUAAAACCCUCCCAUCAAAUCAAAUCAAUGGAUUAAUUGAUUAUACAUACAAUACCUCCAAAAAGGAAUAACUUGGGAAUGGAAUGGAAGACACCCACAGAUAACAACAACAUAUCACAUAGUAAUUACCAAUUACAAUACGCAAAUUAGCCCUUUAUAUUAUCAUUCAUUCUUCAAACCUCAAUAUGCUGUAAUUACUAAUUACAAUACACAAAUUAUCCCCUGUUAAGUGAGUGGGCUUGUUCUUUGAUCUUGUUUUUUAUCUUCUAGCUAUGUAAUAUCUCUCUUUCACAUUUAUCUUAAAUAGUUAAAUGUUUGCCUCUUUGC